AUGGCGCAACUACCAAUUAUAUUUGAGUUAACUCAAGCUGAUUGUGAUAAUGAUGUCUAUCUCUCACUCGACCUUACGAGUAUAUCCCAAAUGGAAGGAUGCACCGUCGAUGAAUACGAAGCAACUAUUUCUUUUGAGCGUUGGGCUUACGACGAGGCCAUGCGCCGCUGGGAAAUUAUCAUGCACCCAUACACCGAUUUGACCGUCGAACCUCUCUGGUAUCGAAAAGAGCCGGUUAUUGAGCCAUUGAUGUCGAUGCUUAUGCAAAAAGAUCGUAUCGUUGAUCCCGCUGCACUAUCAGAAUUCACAUAG